UUUUGGAAAAAAUACAUCUAAUGUUUAAAUAUGUCUAUUCAAGAUCGUACAAAAGAAUUUCAUGCUUGUGCAUUAACAUUAAAAAGAAAUUCAAAAGAAACAAAAAGAUUUCAUUCCCAGAAUAAAGAAAGUAUACACAUAAAUGAAUCAAAAAAGUAUAUCAAAAACGAUUUUGGAAAUAUAGCAAGCAAAAUAGCUAAAGAUAUCAAUAAAACUGGAGAAAAAUUACAAAGGCUAGCACAACUGGCUAGAAAAAAAACAUUAUUUGAUGAUAAACCUAGUGAAAUUUCAGAAUUAAUAUAUAUUAUAAAACAAAAUAUUGAAGAUCUAAACUCUGAAAUUUCAAAUCUUCACGAAUAUCUUAAUAAACAAAAAUCAAGAAAUAAUAAAAACAAAAGCAAAGAACAUCAACAUUCAGAAAAUGUAAUUACUCUCUUGAAGAACAAGUUAGCGAAUACGAGUAUAACAUUUAAAAAUAUAUUAGAAAUAAGAACAAAGAAUAUGAAAGCAAAUAAAAAAAGAAGUGAACAAUUCAUGGCAACUACAACACAUUCGGGAACUAUAGAAAAAAAAUAUCAAUUUCCUCUUUAUAUAGAGUAUGAUUCUAAAGACAAAAAUACGAAAUUCAUGAAACCUGAAACAGAUUAUCUUAUUUUAGACAUGAAUGAUGAAAAUUUUAACAGUAAAACACAUCAUGAUUCGUUUCAACAAAUACAACUGCUAGAAGAACAGAAAUCUUAUAUAGAUUCUCGUUCAUCAGCAAUUCAAAGUAUAGAAUCAACAAUUCAUGAAUUGGGGUCUAUUUUUUCCCAACUCGCUCAAAUGGUAGCAGAACAACGAGAAACUGUUCAAAGGAUUAGUGUUAAUACAGACGACGUAAUCAACAAUGUAAGCUCAGCACAACAAGAGCUCUUAAAAUAUUAUCGAAAAAUUAGUAAUAACAGAUGGCUUAUGUUAAAAGUAUUCGGAAUAUUAACUAUUUUCUUUUUAUUUUUUGUUAUAAUCAGCUAAUCUAGAAUAAUAAAU